UUAUCAUCUUUCAAUAGCUGCCAUUGUCUUUUUUUUCUAACGUAAAUUCUGCCUUAAAAAUGGUAAAAGGGGACUGAUAAAAAUGAAAACCAUCUCUUUUACCUCUGUGAUCCAUUUAUAUUUUUCACGAUUUACUGCAAAUAUAUUCAUCAUCUGACUGAUUAAAUAGACCUUCACCAACCUUGAGGGUCAGUAUAAAGAGUAUGUACAUAGAAAAUGCAUCAGUCCAUUGUACUCUGGCAGCUAAUGAGAUUGGUCGUUAAGUAAAUGACACAAAGCCUACAAAAAAAAGCUUAGUAGCUCACUAGAGUAUCACAGAGUGUCCCUGAACACACACAAUGACACAAACAGUGGACUAACCCAGCCCACCCUGCUUUAUUCUACAUUACUGCUUCCCUCAAGUCACUGAGAAAGACAGAACAAAAGAGUAGAAAGCACACGAUGACUCUAGAAGGAAAUGACAAGAACAUAUGUAUUCUUGCAAAAGAAAUUAAAGUUGAAGAAGAUUCAUUAGCACAGGAGCUCAGCACUUACAACUGUACCAUGUCGAAGAAGAGGAAAUUUCAGGAACUGCACUCUACGGCUCCUGUUAACAAAAGGAAGUCCCUAUUAAUGAAACCCCAACAUUAUGAUCCAAGUGAAGAACUUGAAGAAGAAAAUGAGGAUAAACUUGAGUUUGUAAGCUUCAAGUUCAUGAAAAAAAAAAGUUGCUGUACAACUGGGAGGGAAAGUGUUCAAUCAACUGGUGUCACGUCCUGUCAUGCAACAGAAGAAAAAUGUUACCACGAUAUAAUGACAGUGCCAGAAGAAACUAAAAUGAAUACUGCAAAAAACAACUUUAAUGAUAGUGGACUUCAUUCAGCAAACACAGACAGUCACAAUGGAGAUGAAGAUUUUGAACUCCUUUCUGCCAAACAAAAGCUUCUACCAUUUUCACCACAUGCCAAAAACAAUAAUUGUGGAAGUCCUAAAAAUGGGUGGGACAGUUCUUCCAAUCUACCACAUGAAGAUAAUGCACAUGAACACAUGUUGAACAGAUGCAGUAAAAGUAGUAACCAGAAUGUUACAAUCAAUGUUAAAAAAGCUGAACCAGACCCAGAGAAGGAGACAUUUUUUGAAAGAGAAAGUAAUUCUCCAAUAUGCCUAUCGGAACAAGAAGAAAACAGAAACCAACAUCAAAUUUCUGAACGUGAAGGCAAUGAUAAAUGCCUUUCAAUAAUUACAGAAGAAUCAGUGGAUUUGGAAAAAACAAAAGGGAACUUGAAUCUGCUUGAGCAGGCAAUAACCAGGCAAGCAGAGCAAGGGCACACCUUUCACAGUACAUACAAAGAAAUCGACAUGUUCUUUAUGGAGCAUUUGUCUAGGGAAAGAAGACAAGCAAGAGUUAUAGACAUUGGUGGACGUCAAAUAUAUAGCAACAAAAACUCACCGCAUCACGAUAAAAGAGAGACAAAGUGUCCCAUUCCCGGUUGCGAUGGCACAGGUCAUGUAACUGGAUUGUACCCACAUCAUCGCAGUCUCUCUGGGUGUCCUCACAAAGUUAGGGUGCCUCUAGAAAUUCUGGCCAUGCAUGAAAAUGUACUGAAGUGUCCAACUCCAGGAUGUACUGGAAGAGGACAUGUUAACAGCAAUCGUAAUACUCACAGGAGUCUUUCCGGCUGUCCUAUUGCUGCAGCAGAGAAACUCUCAAAAUCUCAUGAAAAGCACUAUUCUUCCAGUUCCACGUCAAAUUUUGAAUCUAUUCAAAGAGCGACAUGUGUUAAGCACCUUGAGGUAACGCAGUUCAGUUAUCGGACAGCUCCAGUUACGACGACAAGAGCAACAAUCAUUAAAGAGCAUGACAAAUUUUCUAAGGCUCCUUUUGACUAUGCCAGUUUCGAUGCACAAGUUUUUGGUAAACACACUAUUGCAACUGUUGUUCAUAGUCAAGAAAGUAGUGAUGAAGAAGCUAAACAGUAUACAAGUCCAAUGAAAUCUUCCAGUCAACUGCCUAGCGCCCACACACAGAGCCCCUGCCAGGCCAGCUCUUACAGCUACGGUCAGUGUAGAGAAGACACCCACAUAGCAGCAGCUGCUGCCAUCCUCAACCUUUCCACCCGCUGCAGGGAAGCAGCAGCAGAGAUCCUGUCCAACAAACCACUGAGUCUCUCUGCCAAGGCAACAGAGAUUGAAGUUGACGAAAAUGGUACUUUGGAUUUGAGUAUGAAGAAGAAUCGAUUUCAUGAAAAGGCUGGUGAUUUAAGCUCUUCCAAUCCAAUUAUAUCAACAUCAUCUUCCUCUCCCUUCAAAACCAGUAGCAUCUUGGUCAAUGCAGCCUUCUACAAAGCUCUUUGUGAAAAGGAGGGUUGGGAUGCACCUAUCAAUUAUAGCAAGGUCCAUGAUAAAAAUGGAGAGGAGAGAGAGCUUGAAUAUGGCAGUUGUUCAGAGAACACUGAAGAAAAAUAUCCAGAUGUCCCAAUGCCAAGCCCUAAGGCCAAAUUUCAUGCAAGAGACAUGAAAAAAGAACUAAUCACCUGUCCCACUCCAGGAUGUGAUGGUAGUGGUCACGUGACAGGAAACUAUGCUUCACAUCGGAGUGUUUCAGGGUGUCCAUUGGCUGACAAGACAUUAAAGUCCCUGAUGGCUGCUAAUUCUCAGGAGCUGAAGUGCCCCACUCCAGGCUGUGAUGGCUCAGGUCACAUAACUGGAAAUUAUGCUUCUCACAGAAGUUUGUCGGGAUGCCCACGUGCUAGAAAAAGUGGUGUCAAAACAUUUCCUAGUAAGGAAGAAAAAGAAGACCCUGAACUUAAGUGUCCAGUAGUUGGCUGUGAUGGCCAAGGCCAUAUAUCAGGUAAAUACACAUCUCAUCGAAGUGCUUCUGGUUGUCCUUUGGCUGCCAAGAGACAGAAGGAAAGUGUCCUGAAUGGUGUAUCGUUAUCCUGGAAACAGAACAAGCAAGAGCUGCCGCACUGUCCACUACCAGGCUGCAAUGGACUAGGACAUGUUAACAAUGUUUUUGUCACACACAGAAGCCUAUCUGGAUGUCCUUUGAAUGCCCAAGCCAUAAAGAAAGGAAAAACAUCAGAGGAGUUAAUGAAAUUUACUAAUGUAAAAUUGAAGGCAAGUGAGGGUAUCGAAAAUGAAGACGAUAUCAGAAAUCUAGAUGAAGAGAUCAAAGAACUUAAUGAAUCAAAUCUCAAGAUAGAAGCUGACAUGAUAAAACUUCAGACUCAGAUAUCAUCAAUGGAAACAAAUCUAAAAACAAUAGAAGAGGAGAACAAAAUAAUAGAGAAGAACAAUGAAAGCCUUUUGAAGGAGCUGGCUGGCCUAAGCCAAGCCCUUAUUUCAAGUCUUGCUGAUAUACAGCUUCCACAGAUGGAACCAAUUGGUGAACAUAAUUUUGAAACAUAUGUGAAUACUCUCACCGAAAUGUACAGCAAUAUGGAGACAGAUUACUCCCCGGAAUGCAAAGCUCUUUUGGAGAGCAUCAAACAGGCAGUGAAGGGUAUCCAUGUAUAGAAUGCACUUAUUUGCUGGCACCGUAUGGAUCAGAGGGCAAAGAGGAUAUCAUAGAUUAGCGUGCUGCAUUAACAACUGUAACAUUGCACUAUUGUUUUUCCCCAGCUGUCAUAAAAAACCCCAGAAAAGACUGUUUGAAUGAACAGCACUGCACUUAUGAAGUGUAUUUCUAUGUAUUUAAUUUCAGCUCGUUUUUUUUUCUCUAUUGCACUCUUUCUUUUGUAAAG